CGCCUUUUGAGGACUUGAGUUCCGGGCGCUCCUCGGCUCGCGUGGAUCCGUCCUUCCCUCCCCCUGACCCCUGGGCGUUUCCGGAGGCUUAGGGUGGUGAUCCAGACCCUCAGUUGCACGUUUGUUGGAAUGUUUCCGGAAAAAUGGAAUCUGGCAAUUUAUCCAGAGCAUUUUAGGAAAACAAUAUUGAAGGAUGUUCGUUCCAAGGUCUCUGAAAAUCAAGAGGAAUGCUAAUGAUGAUGUCAAAAUUUGUGCUGCUAAGAAAAUUAAACCAGAAGCAGAAGACCUUCAGUUGGAUAAAGACAGAAAUGAUUCAGUUGAUACUUCAGGUACAAAAGAAGCUGAAACACCAGGCAGGUCCAGUGGGGAGCCUUUCCCUUUGCCCUGUCCAGCUGGCCAGUUGACCCAGGUUGGCAUGGGCGCAUCUGAGCAGGAUACAAAGGAUAGCAGUCUUUCUGAAGACCCUGUUAAGUCAUUUUCCAAAACACAGCGUUGGGCAGAGCCAGGGGAGCCUGUGUGUGUCAUCUGUGGUCGUUAUGGAGAGUAUAUCUGUGAUGAGACAGAUGAAGAUGUGUGCAGCUUGGAGUGUAAAGCAAAACAUCUUCUGCAAGUUAAGGAAAAGGAAGACAAAUUCAAACUUAGUAAUGCUCAGAAAGCUGAUUCUGAGCCAGAGUCUCCACUUAAUGUUGCUUAUGCCUAUAAAGAACACCCCUUUAUUCUGAACCUUCAGGAGGCCCAGAUUGAAAAUCUUAAACAGCAGCUAGGAAUUGUAGUUCAAGGUCAGGAUGUCUGCAGGCCCAUUAUUGACUUUGAGCAUUGUGGUUUCCCUGAGGCCUUAAAUCACAACUUGAAGAAAUCAGGCUAUGAAGUUCCAACCCCCAUCCAAAUGCAGAUGAUACCUGUGGGGCUUCUGGGAAGAGACAUUUUGGCUAGUGCAGAUACUGGCUCUGGCAAAACAGCUGCCUUUCUUCUUCCUGUUACCAUCCGAGCUUUAUUGGAGAACAAAACUCCAUGUGCACUCAUUCUCACACCUACACGAGAGCUAGCCAUUCAGAUCGAGAGACAGGCUAAAGAGUUGAUGAGUGGCCUGCCACGCAUGAAGACCGUGCUUCUGGUAGGGGGCUUACCCUUGCCCCCACAGCUUCAUCGCCUGCGGCAGUAUGUGAAGGUUAUCAUAGCAACUCCUGGGCGAAUUCUGGAUAUAUUAAAACAGAACUCUGUAGAACUCUGCAAUAUAAAAAUCGUAGUAGUAGAUGAAGCUGAUACCAUGUUAAAGAUGGGCUUUCAACAGCAAGUACUUGACAUUUUGGAAAACGUUCCUAGUGAUUGUCAGACCAUAUUGGUCUCAGCUACAAUUCCAAGUAGCAUGGAGCAACUAGCUAACCGGCUUCUGCAUAAUCCCGUGAGAAUUAUCACUGGAGAAAAGAACUUGCCAUGUCCCAAUGUGCGUCAGAUUAUUUUGUGGGUAGAAGAACCAGCCAAAAAGAAGAAGUUAUUUGAAAUCUUAAAUGAUAAGAAACUCUUCAAGCCUCCAGUGUUAGUAUUUGUGGACUGCAAACUAGGUGCAGAUCUGUUGAGUGAAGCUGUUCAGAAAAUCACAGGCCUGAAAAGCGUAUCUAUACAUUCAGACAAGUCCCAAAUGGAGAGGAAAAACAUCUUGAAGGGAUUACUGGACGGAGACUAUGAGGUGGUGGUGAGCACAGGAGUCCUGGGCAGAGGCCUGGACCUCAUCAGUGUCAAGCUGGUGGUCAAUUUCGAUAUGCCUUCAAGUAUGGAUGAAUAUGUGCAUCAGGUUGGAAGAGUGGGGAGAUUAGGUCAAAAUGGAACUUCAAUUACUUUGAUCAAUAACAGUUCAAAAAGACUCUUCUGGGACAUUGCAAAAAGGGUAAAACCCACUGGAUCCAUUCUUCCCCCACAGUUAUUAAAUUCCCCUUACCUUCAUGACCAGAAGAGAAAGGAACAGCAGAAAGACAAACAGGCACAGAACAAUCUGGUAACGGGAUCUAAUCUUAUGGACAUUAUUAGAAAACAUGAUAAGAGUAAUUCUCAAAAAUGAUUUGUUACAUCAUUUUGAAUAUAUUUUUGUGUAUAAUCAUAGAAAUUUCUGUAUAUUAUUACUGUAAAAUUUGAAUAAAUGGGACAUGUAAGUGAAGCAGAACUUUACAUAUGAUUUUCUAAUGUAAUAGAAUCUCAAAUUUAUACAGCAGUGUUGUAUUUAUUUUCCUUUUUUACUCAUAAAUUAAAUGACCUCAGUAAGUGAAUUUUUAAUAAAAUAUAUUUCUCCUUGAUAAGGCUUUAUUUUUAAAAAAUAAAUAUUCCUGAAAGUUACUUUCAGAGCCAGAAAGUUCCACAGCAAGGAGUCUGACCAAGCAUGGCAAUCCCUUCAUGCAGUGCCCACUGGUGCCAUCACUCUGGCACCUCAAUUAUUGUUGGGUGAAUGAAAGCUGGUUAGGAGGAAAGUAAAUGAUAGAAGCUG